AUGUCCUCACAAGGCGCUUCGAGUACAUCAUUGUCCAAAGCGUGCGAUAGAUGUAAAUCCUAUAACGAAGCUGAUGAAUGCGUAUUUCUAAAAGGCUCGACCAUCUGCAAUAGCUGUAAAGAUUGCGGUGCGAAUUGUACGGGAAGCUCCAACAAUCCUUCACAGGCUCAAGCCUCUAGGGCAGCAACACUUGCGUCCCUCUCUGCUACUCACCAGGCAGCAUGGGCACAAGCUAGUCGAACGACCUCAUGGGAAGAUUGGUGGGCUAAGAACAAAACUUCUUAA